UUAUAAAUAAUAUUAAUUUGGCACAUUAUCCUUUUGUUGUUGAUCUGAAUAUGUCUUUUAACUAUUGACUACUUGUAGGUGUAAAAAGAUGGCUGCCGGUGGGACUGCAGAGUCAGUUUUGGGUUCAAUCCUGAGUCAUCUGGAAUGCUCCAUCUGCCACACCCGUUACCAAGAACCCAAGAUGCUGGACUGCUCCCACAGUUUCUGUCUAAGAUGCAUCCAAGAGCUCAAGCAGAGCCAACAACCAGACGAUGGCAAGAUAACAUGUCCACUGUGUCAGAGACAAACCAUCUUACCUGAGGGUGGAGUGGCAAAGUUGAACAAGAAUUAUACUCUGAUGUCCCUGGUUGAUGAAGUAAGCAAGCAGGAACAGAUCCUGAAAGGUGCUGAGACUGAAGGGCCAGCGGUGGUGGUUUGUCAGGCAUGUGAUGAGGAGAAUGAGGCUACUGUCCAAUGUACUGAUUGCGAGCAGUUUCUCUGUCAGUACUGCCUUAAAGCACACCAGCGAUGGGCUGCUUUAAGGAAUCACAAAAUCAUAACUUUGCUCAACCGAAGAGAUGUCCCCCAAACUGAAAUGAAGACCAUCAUCAAAAACUGUGGAGACCACCCAAGUCAGAAACUGUGCUUUUACUGUACAACAUGCGAGCAACUCAUCUGCAACAAGUGUUUAGUUUCAGGCCACAACGCGCCCAUGCAUACAUGUGUCGAAGUUCAUGUGGCUUUUGAUGUCUUUUUGCAAGAAGCUCGUGAAACAAACACUGAAAUGGGUCAAUUUUACACUCACGUUUCGCGAGAUCGGGAAUAUUCUCGUAGCCGGUUAAGCAGAAUGCUUUCUAUAACCAGUCGGGACAUUUCCAGUGAAGCUGCAUCAAAAAUUGCUCACAUCAGAGGACAGGAGAUGCGGCUCUUGCAAGAAGCCAACGCAGCAUACAGGAAAAAGGACAGGAGACUGGCAGAAGUGAUCUUGGCACAACAGACAUUGAAAAAGACCGAGGCCGGUAAGAUAACGGAUGAAGAUCGCCUGGAAAUCUUGAAACUCAGACAAGAUCUUCUGUCGGAAUACAAAGAUUUGAACGAGAAAACUCGGAAUGAGGUGAACAGUCACUUGUCGUUCACUGCUUGCAAAGAAGAGUGCAACAAAGUUGAACUUGGCACAUUGAAUCUCGAAGAAAACUGGGAAUUGGUAAAGGAAUUUGAGUUGAACGGUUCCUCUAUUGCUACAUUCUCUUCAGGUAACAUUGCUAUGACGUGUGGGACACGCGGACUUACUUUCCUGGGUCUUAAUGAUCAGGAAGAGUACACUAUUCAUGAAUCAAAAGACACACAUUUAUUGAAGAGUCCAACAGACAUGGCUGUAACCAUGGAUGAUGUUCUGUUUGUUGCUAACUAUAAUGGAGUGAUCAAUAUAUUCAACAAGGGAUACCAGUUCAUUCAGCAGUUCAAUGCGUGUGAAGAAUCACACAUUAAUGCUACACCAGUAUGCCUUGCGGUGGAUGACAGCGAACUGCUAGCAGUGGGUUAUAAGGGCAUGGACAGGAUAUCUCUACACACCCUAGAUGGGUCUCUCAUCAGAACAGUGCAUGCUCCUAUGAUUGCCAACCACCUGGUCAUCAGUAACAAGCGGCUUACAUACACAAAUAGUGACAAGAAAAAGCUGAUGAGUCUUGAUUACCAUGGCAACAGCAUCUUCACAGUUGAUUCGUUCCAGAAUUCUGCUCCCCGUGGGUUGUGUUGCGACAAAGCCGGUGAUUUCAUUGUCAUUGCAUAUUGCAGGCGUAAAGGCCUGAAUAAUUCAGUUUAUCAAAUCCAUCGUUACAGCGCAGAGGGCCGUUACAUUGACACAUUGGUAAAAGAUGUAGGAAACAGGACUCGCAUAGCAAACAUUUCAGAUGGGAAGAUUGUUGUGACUGGGGACAGUCAGACACAAAUUUAUCAUCGGAUUUAA